AUGGCCGCAGCCGCCGGCACCCGGGAGGAGAUGGUCUACAUGGCCAAGCUAGCGGAGCAGGCGGAGCGGUACGAGGAGAUGGUCGACUUCAUGGAGAAGGUCGUGUCCGCCGCCGCGUCCUCCGAGCUCACCGUCGAGGAGCGCAACCUGCUCUCCGUCGCCCACAAGAACGUCAUCGGCGCGCGCAGGGCGUCCUGGCGCAUCGUCUCCUCCAUCGAGCACAAGGAGGAGACGCGGGGCGCCGCGGGACACGCCGCCGCCGCCAGAGGGUACCGCGCCCGCGUCGAGGCCGAGCUCUCCGGGAUCUGCGCGGGCAUCCUGCGCCUCCUCGACGACCGCCUCGUCCCCGCCGCAGCGGCCGUUGAUGCUAAGGUCUUCUACCUUAAGAUGAAGGGGGAUUAUCACCGCUACCUCGCCGAGUUCAAGACCGGCGCAGAGCGUAAGGACGCCGCGGACUCCACGCUCGCCGCAUACCAGGCCGCGCAGGUGGGUCGUGCUAGUUCACUGAAUCAUUUCAUUGGAUUGGAUCUCCCUUCCCCUCUUGUCCUCUCUUCUCUUCUCUUCUCCGUAGCAGUCUACCAGUUAUGCAUGGAUGGUUGUGGAUUCAUUGGAUCUCUUCUCUCCUCUCCUAAACCCUAUCUAAAGGACAUCGCCGUCAAGGAGCUGCCGCCCACGCACCCCAUCAGGCUCGGCCUCGCCCUCAACUUCUCCGUCUUCUACUACGAGAUCCUCAACUCGCCGGACCGCGCAUGCUCCCUCGCCAAGCAGGCCUUCGAUGAAGCUAUUUCGGAGCUGGAUACUCUUGGGGAAGAGUCCUACAAGGAUAGCACCCUCAUCAUGCAGCUUCUUCGUGACAACCUCACCUUGUGGACUUCUGACAUGCAGGAGGAUGGCAGUGAUGAAAUGAGGGAUGCAAGCAAGCCUGACGAUGAGUAG